AGUACACCCAGGAGGAUGAGGCAGGUCUAAUCUUUUCAGUUAUGGAGUGUAGAACAAAAAUGACAGCAUGUCUCUUUCUUUUUAUCCGAUAUGUUUAUGGACUACUCCUGGGACUUCGUGCUUAGCUUCACUUUUUCACUUUGGACUUAUACUGCACUCUUUCUUCAGUACCGUUAUAGCGGUCGGCACGGGCGGUGAAGAUCGGCCUCGGUUGAUCGGGUCACUUCAGCCAAUCGUGGCCCCUCUGGGUGGUGAUGUCAUCCUGCCGUGUCACGUGGAGCCUCAGCUCAACGUGGAGGAGCUGACGGUGAAUUGGUGGAGGCCGGACAUCCCGCUGGACCCUAGAGAUCCACAGAGCAACUACCGGUAUGUCCACCGUUACCAUGACAAACACCACGAGGAGGACAUGAAGAAGCCAGCGUACGCCGGGAGGACGGAGAUGUUCACAGACGGCCUGAAACACGGAAACAUCUCGCUAAAGAUCAGCAACGUGGAGCAGUCUGACCAAGGGAGAUACAGAUGCCAAAUCCCACAGUUGGCAAGGGCUUCAGUUAUUAUGCUUCAUGUUGAACCGCGCUCUGUUGAAACCUGGACGACAAAGACGCCGCUGCAUCCCCAUAAUCUCCAAAGUCGAGGUCCAAACAACGAGACCGAUGUUAAAGGUGGUCGACGCUAUCUGAGCGUACCGAUCCUGGGUCUGUUUGCCUGUAUCUUACUGAUCCUGGCUGUGUUACUUAAACAAAGGUAUCAAAACACAACCACAACCAGCAGGCCACACCAAUCAGAAUCCGGGGGAAAUCUACUGGCUGUUAGGACCCAGGUCGUGGUUGAGGUGUGUGACGGCUGCGACUGUUCGUUCAAAACAACAAAGGCGGACGGUAAUAGACUGAUGGUUCGUCCAAUCACCUGCCAGGUGCCCUGACCUUGUCCAAACUGUUACAAUGACGGCUUCUCAGACGGAUCGGUGUAAUAAACCAUCUGGCUUGUUAGUUGAGAUUCGGUGUGUCCCAAAGCCUGAUCAGCACGGUGCAGGUUUGGGUGUGAGGGCCUGUUGGCACACACUAGCAUUAGAGAGACAUUUUAUAACUUUGAUUGUUACAAGUGGAUUUUCUUACUGACGUCUUUUUGAACACUGUCCUCUGACUCUCCAGUCACUCCAGUCGCUGGUGGACUGGCAUACUUGCCUUUUAACUUACCAGUUAACACUAGCUAGCUAUCUCGGUUGGCAGAUCGCUGAACAAGAAAUUUCUAGGUGACCAAAUGUUCCAGUUAACUUUAAAGUGAAAACACAGUGAGAAGGUCAAAGUUUAAGAUAAACACGAACAACACCCAAGAACAAAUUCAGGUCUAUUUUAAUGUGCACAGUGUUAGCAUGGUUAGCAUUGUUAAGCCUGUGGUAUGAUUGACAGGCCAGCGCAUAGCCACGCCCCUAAAGAGUCCCCUUCUUGAUCGUCUUUUAAGAUAAACGAAAUCAUAAUUUACAAAAUGAACAUCAUGCUGUAUUGAAGAAGACUUGAAAGUACAACUCGUUUGCGUCUGUCUUGCUCAAACUACUGUCCUUUCUAAAUGAAUAUCAGUUGUUUCUGAUUUUCUUUUUAGUUUUAUGUUCUUUACAGUUGUAACAUUAACCAUGAAGUAUUUUUUUAAACAGAAAAUUAGCUGGUAUAGAGGAUUUUAAAAUGAUCAGCUGGUUGUAUUGCCGUAUUUAGUGCCUUGAUCCAAAGUGACUUCCAAUAAGUGCAUUCAACCAUGAAGGUACAAACUCAGGAAAACUGCAAGAAUCACAUAGAAGAACAUUAGCUUCAAAUCAGCCAAAGUACAAAGUGCCACACAUUUUUAUAACCAUCAUCUUCUUAGCCAAAGUACAUUUGGAAGAGAUGUGUUUUUAGGUAGGUGUGUAGACUUUCUGCUGCUUGUACUGGACAUUAUAUUAAUGACAGUAUCAGGACUGUUUUCAUGCAUGUAGCCACUGAUACAUGUAAGUCAUACACAUUCCACAGUCUGCAUGGCGGAGGCCCAUUAGUGGUGUCUCUGUGUGUUGUGCUGCCAUCUUGAGGACAAAGUUUGACAAGUCUUUAAACCAAUGUUACAGUAUCAGAGUAAUCGGGACACACUUUUUUUUUUUU